GAUUAUUGGCCAUUUCCAAACUAACCUGAUUCUCUCUCUCUCUCUCUGUUGUGUUGCCCUGCUUCAUACACAUACUAGUUGUGGCUGUGGGCGGUGUCAGGAGAAAAACAAACCACAUCCAACUUCUUCCAUUUUCAUUUACGGAUUCAUUCUCAUCCUCGCCAUGUACAGAGUAGCGGCUACAUCGCUCAGAAGGCAUCUCAAGGGCUAUGGAGGGAAGUUGAGAUCCACUGGGUAUUCCACUUCAGCUGCUGUAGCUACGAAGGCUUCCAAUGGUGGUUUGUUUAGCUGGCUUACUGGGGAGACUUCUAGGUCCCUUCCUCCUCUGGACAUACCACUUUCCGGUGUUGCUCUCCCAGAUCCAGUUCCAGAUCAUGUUGAAACAAGCAAGACCAAGAUCACUACACUCCCCAAUGGACUCAAAGUAGCAUCAGAGAUGUUGUCUAACGCUGCAGCUUCAAUCGGGUUAUAUCUUGACUGUGGUUCCAUCCAUGAGACCCCAUUGUCAAGUGGGGCUUCACACUUGCUAGAGCGAAUGGCUUUCAAAAGCACAACAAACCGUAGUCACUUCCGUAUUGUAAGGGAAGUAGAAGCAAUUGGUGGUAAUGUAGGAGCCUCUGCCUCUCGUGAGCAAAUGGGUUAUACAUUUGAUGCCUUGAAGACUUAUGUUCCACAAAUGGUUGAAUUACUGGUUGACUGUGUAAGGAACCCAGCCUUCUUGGAUUGGGAGGUCAAUGAAGAGCUUCGAAAGGUGAAAGCAGAGCUUGGAGAACUCUCUAACAAUCCCCAGGGCUUGCUUUUGGAAGCAAUUCACUCUGCUGGUUAUUCUGGUGCAUUGGCUUAUCCUCUUUUGGCUCCUGAAGCAGCACUGAACAGAUUGGACGGCGCCAUUUUAGAGGAAUUUGUUGCUGAGAAUUACACAGCACCUAGAAUGGUACUUGCAGCAUCUGGGGUUGAGCACGAAGAGCUUCUAUCUGUUGCUGAACCACUUCUCUCUGAUCUACCAAAAGUUCCUCGUCCUGAAGAACCAAAAUCUAUCUAUGUUGGGGGUGAUUUUCGUCGUCAUGGUGAAUCAGCGGGUACACAUGUUGCUAUUGCUUUUGAAGUGCCUGGCGGCUGGCAAACAGAGAGAGAUGCUAUUGUUUUGACUGUUUUACAGAUGCUUAUGGGAGGAGGUGGGUCAUUCUCCGCAGGGGGCCCAGGAAAAGGGAUGCACUCAAGGCUAUAUCUUCGUGUGCUGAAUGAAUAUCAACAGAUUCAAUCUUUUUCUGCAUUCAACAGUAUCUUCAAUAAUACAGGACUAUUUGGCAUUUAUGCAAGCACUAGCCCUGAUUUUGUGCCAAAAGCUGUGGAAAUAGCAGCCAAAGAACUGCUAUCAAUUGCAUCCCCUGGACAAGUUUCACAGGUACAGCUUGACCGAGCCAAAAAAACCACAAAGUCUGCAGUUCUAAUGAAUCUGGAAUCUAGAAUGAUUGCAUCCGAAGAUAUAGGAAGGCAAAUUUUGACUUAUGGAGAAAGGAAGCCUGUGGAACAAUUCUUGAAGGUUGUUGAUGAAAUCACGUUGGAUGAUAUCACUAAAAUUUCUCAGAAGAUUAUUUCCUCACCUUUGACCAUGGCAUCAUAUGGGGAUGUCUUGAAUGUUCCCAGUUAUGAAUCUGUUAGCAGCAUCUUCCAUGCAAAAUGAAAUUGCAUGUGAUCCACCUUCAGCUCAUCAUUUUUUCUGGAUCACAAAAAUGCCUAUUUCAAUUUUCAAGAGCAAUAUACACCGAAUCAGCAAUGCUGAAAAUAAAUCCCAGAGAAGUUUUUGUGCGGAUCUGAGGAACCAUUAUUCAGGUUCCAUGUUUGUUUUUCUUUAACUAUUUGCCUAGUGUAUUAGGUGCAUGGUCUCAAGGCUAAUGAUCACCUUAGUUUUUUUUUUACUUAUGAAUUAAUUUUCUCUCAUUUUUGAGCAUAAUUUCUAAUAUAUGUAAAAAAGAAUGCAAGUAAUAUACUCAUUAAUCAUAUCAUACAUUUUAACAUGUUCUA